AAAAACUGGAAGCAGGUGGAAAGGUGCUUUAAACUGCUUCUCACUUUUUCUAUUACACAAAAAGUACUUAUUUUCUCAAACACUAGAAGAAACUUUCUUAGAAAGAGCGAACGAGCGAGCGAGAGGAGGAUGGCUGCUUGCCUUCACGAUCACGACUGCGGAGAUCACGAUUGCUCUUCUAGCUGGUCUCUCUAUAAACACAUUGACCUCUCCAAGGUAACUGCUCUGAAUGAGGCUCUCAGAGGAAGUGUGAAGUCAGUUUUUAAACCGUGGGAGCAACGGCUGAAUUCAUCUGAGGGUUACUUGGAGAGCAAUGAGGGUGAUCCUGAAUUGAUUGUCUUCAUCCCAUUUACUUCAGAUGUUAAAAUCAAGAGCAUUGCAAUUGUCGGUGGUGUUGAUGGAACAAGUCCUUCUAAGAUGAGAGUGUUUGUUAACAGAGAGGGUAUAGACUUUGCAGAUGCUCAAACUAUACAACCAGUUCAGGAGUGGGAUUUGGCUGAAAAUUUACAAGGUGUUUUAGAGUAUCAAACAAGGUACUCUAAGUUCCAGAGUGUAGGGAAUAUCACCUUGCAUUUCCCUGAAAGUUUUGGUGCAGAUGUUACUCAAAUCCAUUACAUUGGUUUGAGAGGAGAAGCUACACAGAUGAAGAGGGAUGCUGUCGCAAAUAUUGUCUAUGAACUCAUGCCAAAUCCUUCUGAUCACAAGGCUCGCGGGGAGAGCGGUGGUGGGCUUUCACACGUGGAGUAGUAAAGAUGGAAAGGCUGAGGAAGAGAUGCAUGCAUGCACGUACGUAUCUCAGUAUCUAUCUGGCUGUGCUGUGCUGUGCUGUCGUCACAUAUAUGCAGUGGCGACUGGUGCAUGACGGUCCAGCCACCUAGCCAGGAAUCUCAGCCACUUGAUGCUUAUUGUACACUGCACUAACAAGUUUUACAUUGCAUUGCAUGUGGUACUCCAUAAUUUUAAUGAUAUGCUUUCAUACAUCCAUAUAUACCGUUUUAAGAAGAAAAGGAAGAAAAAGGAAAAUUAAAUUACAAGUAAAAAAACUAUAAUAAAAUGUCAGCUAGAGUAAUCCUGAACGAUAACAUGGGAAACAACUAUUUUUUGUUUUGUUUUUAAUACUUCGUGCAUUUGAUUGAUUUAAUAAAAAGUACGAUAAUUCAUUUGGUUUUUUUUACAAAG